AUGAGCAACCCCAAUAACCCCAACAUCAGCCAACGCAGCACACCGCAAUGGGCCCUCUAUCAGAGGGAGCUCUUCUGGGCACCGAACGAGGGAAAGUACCCGCCCUUUAACACGCACCCUGAUAAACUGAGAGAAACAGCUAGGGAGCGCCUCAGCCAGUCUGGAUGGCACUACGCAUCCUGUAACGCCGGCCUCUCAUGGACGCACUACGCCAACCGGCAAGCUUUUUACCGUCACCAAAUUGUGCCGCGAAUGCUCGUCGACACCGACCAGCGGGACACCGCAACCACCAUCUUCGGUCACCGCGUCGCAGCACCAAUUGGCUUCGCACCUAUCGGUAUUAAUCGGAUCUACCACGCGACGGGGGAGCUCUCACCUGCCAAAGUGGCCGGCGAACUAAACCUGCCGUACUGUCUAAGCUCUGCCGGCAGCUACAGCAUCGAGGACGUGGCGCAUGCUAACGGCGACGGCGGCGUACGCUUCUUCCAGCUGUACUGGAGCCCGGACGACGACGUGGCGCUGUCGAUGCUGCGACGUGCCGCGCAAAACGGGUAUACCGCGUGCAUGCUGACUACGGAUACGUGGCAGCUAGGCUGGCGACACGACGACGCCGCGCACGGGAACUAUGCGUUUUACCACGAGCACGGGGCCGGCGAUCUCGGGCUUAACGACCCAGCGUUCCUAGAUCGUCUACGAGACGCGAAGCUAGACCCGAACGAUCCCAAGGACAAAUUCCACGUCGGCGCGGACUGGAUCGAUAAGCACAUAUGGCACGGCCACUCAUUCUCGUGGAAGAGAUUGCCGUGGCUAAUUGAGAAUUGGAAGAAGCUUAGCGGUGGGAAGCCGUUUUGCAUCAAAGGGAUCCAGAGCGUGGCGGACGCGCGCAAGGCGGUGGAGCUGGGGGUCGAUGGGAUUGUGGUUUCGAAUCAUGCUGGGCGGCAGGUUGACGGUGCGAUUGCGAGUCUGGAUGCGCUGGAGAAGAUUGCGGAUGCGGUUGGGGAUAAGAUAUACAUUAUGUACGACUCGGGCAUCCGAGGCGGCGCUGACGUGUUCAAGGCUCUGGCACUCGGAGCUAAAUUCGUGUUUAUAGGUCGUCUAUGGGUGUACGCGCUGGGCUCCGGCGGCGAAGAAGGCGUGCGCCAUGUGAUGAAGGGACUUCUGGCAGAUUUCGAUAUAUUGAUGAACGUCGCAGGGUAUCCGGAGCUGAGAGAUAUUAAUCGCGAUGCUUUGGACUCCCUGCCGAAGGGGGCGUACUUCCCGUCUACAACGGAAAUAGCCUAA